AUGGAGAACUUGGACUUGUUGGGGUUCCUCAUUAUCACCUUAAACUGCAACAUGACCAUUGUGGGCAUACUCUGGCUGGUCGUCGCAGUCCUCCUAAGGAUGCUGGUGGUGGUCUUGGCAGGGUCCCCUAUCUACCAGGAUGAACAGGAGAGGUUUGUUUGCAAUACUCUGCAGCCAGGAUGUGCCAACGUUUGCUACGACUUCUUCUUCCCAGUGUCGCCACUGCGGUUCUGGCUGGUGCAGAGCCUGGCACUGCUCCUGCCUUCGGUGGUCUUUGGUGCCUAUGCUCUGAACCGUGGUGCGAAGCUGGCUGCGGAGGGAACCUGCAGACCCCGGGUGCCCGACCUGUCCUCUGCCUACCUAGUGCACCUGCUGCUGCGCACACUGCUGGAGGCUGGGCUGGCCUCCCUGCACUACUUGCUGUACGGCUUCUCUGUGCCCAACCGAGUUUCUUGCUCGCGUGUGCCCUGCUCAGGGGCUGUGGACUGCUACGUGUCGCGGCCCACGGAGAAGUCUCUUCUGAUGCUGUUCGUGUGGGCCGUGAGUGCGCUAUCCUUCCUGCUCAGUUUGGCUGACCUGCUUUGCAGCCUGAGAAGAACACGGGGGACCAUGCAGGGGGUGAAGGGCGAGGCCAGACCAGUCUGCAAAGUCUCCACACUCCCCCCUGGUCUCUUACAGGACCCUCAGGGCUGUCAUAGUCAGGGUCAGGUGGACCGUGAAAAUGGGCAGGAGGAGCAGGGUGUGCCUGAGUUCACCAGCAUGUGGACAGCAGGGCAGGGCGGCGACAGCCAUGACAGCCACCAGGCCAUUGUGUCAGGGCGGAUGGAGCAUUCAGACCAAGAUGAUAGUGAGGCCACUUCCUUAGUUGGCGACAGGUUGGCAGUGGCUCACAGAGAGCCCUUCAGAUCCCACAGAGAGACUUCAGCAGACCUGGGGGUCCAAAACGCCCGGUCAGGUGAGAUCCCCUUGGUCACCCAGAGCCACCUGGCCAGGCACUGUUCAGCAAGCCAGCCUGUUGCUCCUGGUCUGCUGGCCACCUCGGGCAGCGCCCCCCACCUGAGAACCAAAAAGUCCGAGUGGGUGUGA